CCACUGCUUUUACCACUUGAAGCCCACCCGUGCCACCCACACGUGCCACAUACCGUCGUGAUCCCGCCACGUUUACGCCGCCCCGCCUCGACUGGCCGUCGCUACUGAAUUCCACGUCACAUGGCCUCGUCUCUCUCGCCCGCUAUUUAAAACAGAGCCUCCCCAUUUCUCGCUCUCUCUCUGUGAAAAAGUACUCCUCAGGCUCCUUUACGGUGCUUUCCUUAAUUCCUUCCCAAAAAUAGAACCCUAAUAAAUUAUUUACAUAAAAUUCGUUUCUUGCCCCAAUUGACACGAAACGUUUCGCAGCUUUUGCAGAUCUCGGACCAAAGCACUUGUUCGAGCUCGAGCUUUGUGAGGGUCAAUCUUUUGGGAUUUUCCUGGUAAAUUCGACAACUUAGAGGGUUUUCUUGUUUAAAGUUCGAGGUCUGGGUCUCAUGAGAAUUGUCAGGGGAAUGCAGAGAUCGUUUCGCGAGGAGCAGAAGGCACUGGGCUGGAAGAAAUCAUUCAGCCAAGGGAUUGGCGUGACUGCGCCCAAGGCAAGAACGCGUGACAAACCGAUGAAUUGGGUUUUGAGUCUCUAAGUUCGGAUUCUGAGAGGCUCGGGCUAGGGUUUGGUUCAAGACGAUAAAAAAAAAAAAAUGACUCGGAUUUUGGUUCAGCGAGGGUCUGGCAGCGGUUCUUCUUCGAACCCGAGCCGCAAUUCUUCCUUGCCUGGGUCUUCUUCGGCUCGGGCAGAGCCGCAGGUUACAACUUCUCAGGUUCUUUCAGCUGUGAAAGACGAGGAAAUUGGAGAGGAGGUGCAAGAACACGCUGUGGUGGAUGAACUUUUGGAGUUUUGUGGAAGUAGUGACAAGGUGGUGGCAAAAGGUGAUGAUCUUCUGAUGGAAAGCUUUGAUAAUGAUCAGAAUGGGAGUUCCAGUGAUGAAAUUAACGAUAGCCAAAAGGUUGAUACUGAUGAAAUUGUGGGUCCGGGAGAGUUGAUGAAGGGGAUGGGUGGGUUGAGAAUUUCAGAUAGGCCUACAGUUGAAACUGAGGGUUCAAGUGCGAAUUCUGCGCUUACAGUUAGUGGGACUUCACAUCCACCUCCUCCACCUGUCCCACCUCCGAAACCUUCAGCAGGAAACUCAAAUUCUAGGAGAGUUGUCUCCAGAAGAGCAGUUGCCUGGCCUGUUGUUUCAACAAGGACUUCACCCACUGGUUCACGGCCUUCUUCUCCCAGGUCUCAUGGUGAAAGCGAGGGUUAUAAUAGCGCUGAUGAGCAAAACCCCUGCUUUGUUUCCUCCUAUGAUGACAUAGAAAGAGAACGGCAAUUUGAAAUUGACAUUAGAAGGGCAAAAGGUUUAGAAGUCAAAAGAAUGCCGGAGGAUGGGAAUUGUCUCUUUCACGGUGUAGCAGAUCAAGUUUAUGGGGACUCAGAAGCAUAUGAUUUAAUCAGACAAAUGUGCAUAGAUUAUAUGGAGCGGGAAAGAGAUCACUUCUCACAAUUUAUAACAGAAGGCUUUACAUCUUAUUGUAAGAGGAAGAGAAGAGACAAGGUCUAUGGAAACAAUGUGGAGAUCCAAGCUUUAUGCGAAAUGUAUAAUCGGCCUAUCCAUAUUUAUUCCUAUAGCACAGAGCCUAUCAACAUAUUUCAUGGAAACUACGACACUGACACGCCUCCCAUUCGACUGAGUUAUCAUCAUCGGAAUCAUUACAACUCUCUUGUUGACCCUCGCCGUUUGACCAUUGGUGCAGGACUUGGAUUCGGCUGUCUUCGUGGGAGAAAUGUUGACAAGGAUCAAGUCAAGGCGGCUAUUAGAGCUCAGCAAGACCAACAGAUUGAUAAUGCACUUCUAGCUGAGGGGCGAUUUUACUCUGAUCUUGAGCUCACUGAGAAGGAAAUUGAGCGCAUGGUGAUGGAAGCUUCUCGGGCUGAGUAUCUUGCAGAUGACUCAUACAAGCAGCAACUCGGCCAUAGAGAAUCUUCCACUUCUAGUGCUGAACCAUCAUCUUCUGGUGCUAGCCGUGAGACCAAGUUGGAAGGUGGUAGAGAGCGUAGUUUACAAGAUUCUGUCCUUAGCAGCAGCAUGCAGAUGGUUCUGUCAAUGGGGUUCAGCUAUUUGCAGGUGAUGGAGGCCUAUAGCAUAUUCGGAGACGAUGUCGAUUCUAUGGUUUGUUUCUUGUUGGAAACUAGCAGCAGCAGCAGGCGCAAAGGCAAGGCAACUGAAUAAUGAGUUCCAAACCAAUACACGGGCUGCUGCUGCAUUUACUGGUUUAAGAAACCAUUUCUAUAAACACAGGCCUGUGAGCCUUUUUUAUGUUAUCUUAGGCUUCAUCAAUAAAAUGUACUUACUGCUUUA